AUGGAACGAGUCAAGGCUUUAGUGAGAAGGCGGUCUUCCUACGAGCCACUAGAAGGUGGUUCUGAAAGCCCCGAUGGCGAGCGGAUCGAACACCCGAAGUCACAGGCUUUCUCUUGGAUUGACUACUCGGUCUUCUUCCUGCUUGGUAUUGCAAUGCUAUGGGCCUGGAAUAUGUUCCUCGCCGCCGGUCCCUACUUUCAACGACGGUUCCAAUCGAGUGACCGAAUCCUACGCAACUUCCAAUCUGCAGAACUCUCCGUCUCAACCAUAGGGAGCUUAGGAUCCACCAUCCUCCUCACCAAGCUUCAAGCCCAUGCCUCGUAUCCGAGGCGCAUAAUGGCAGCGCUGGUCAUAAAUGUAGUAGUGUUCAUGGUCCUCGCCAUGUCGACCAAACUGUUUCCCGGAGUCUCCGCGGGCGUAUACUUUGUCUUCUUGAUACUCAUGGUAUUCUGUACGAGCGUUGCGACAGCUUUGUGCCAAAACGGCAUCUUCGCGUACGUAUCUGGCUUUGGACGGGAGGAAUACACCCAGGGCAUUAUGGUCGGACAAGGUGUUGCUGGAGUUCUUCCGUGCAUAGCACAGAUUGUCUCUGUGCUCUCAGUACCGAAGAAGACGACGAGCGAUGAUACACCGCAAGAGUCCUCAACAUCUGCGCUCGCUUACUUCCUGACGGCGACAGUCAUCUCUACGAUCUCGUUCCUCGCAUUUGCACUACUGUUGUCACGCCAUGGCCAUGGGUACCACCACAAACCGCUCAUGGACUCUAUGGAUGGCGAGGAUGAUAUCGGAGUGAUCGAACGAGCCUCGAUACCGCUCAUGACGCUAUUCAAGAAGCUGAAGUGGCUUGCGGGUGCCGUUUUCCUCACUUUCGGUAUCACGAUGUUCUUUCCCGUCUUCACCCAACAGAUCGAGAGUGUCAGGCCAGUGGCGAGCUCCCCUCGUCUCUUCCAACCUUCGUCUUUCAUCCCGCUCGCAUUUCUGUUCUGGAACGUCGGCGAUCUUGUCGGGAGACUCGCUCCGGCGAUCCCAGCGCUAUCCCUAACAUCACGACCACGGCUGCUAUUCAUUUUCUCAGCAUGCCGCAUUGUUUUCAUACCUAUGUAUCUGCUUUGUAACAUCCGAGGUCGCGGCGCUACGAUCGUCAGCGACGCGUUCUAUCUGUUGGUGAUUCAAGUGCUUUUUGGAUUUUCUAAUGGGUAUCUUGGGAGUAAUUGCAUGAUGGGCUUUGUUGAGUGGGUGGAUGUGGACGAGAGAGAAGCAGCAGGAGGAUUUAUGUCGCUCUGCUUGGUAGCUGGUCUAUCAACGGGCAGUUUGUUGAGUUUCCUUGCUGCUGCUUCAGCGUAG